ACGCGUGGCAGACACCAGACAGCUGCUGUGACACAUAUGGACUAGAGUCGAAAAACAUGUUGCGCCUGUAAAAGAGAACCAAAUCGACUGGGAUUCAAUUAAAAGGAGUGCCGAAGCGCUCCGAAGCGAUUCUAUUAUGAUGGGCGAACCGAAACCCACCAUGGAGCCUGGGGAGGAGCAAGCCUUCAACUGCGAGGAUGAAGCCAACGCCAUCAUUAAAGAUGUCAAGGCGCACGUCGCUGAGAUCUGCAUCUCUUCAAAACUAGCGAGCGAUGCCACGCAAAUUUACUUAAACAUCAGGACCAUCGAGAGCGCCACAUGCUGCGUUCAGGUGACCAGUCGUGGCUUCAAGAUCGUCUCUUCCCAGUACGACACUAUAGACGAGGAAAACCGGAUCUCCGCGCUACUUUGCAACGGACAAGAGCAGGGUAACGACAAUGAGGAGGAGAUAUUUGAAACGCCGUACGCGCUGCUCGAUAAGAUCAGCCCCCGCUACGUCGAGUCGUUUGGCAAUCAGCUGUGCCAGCAGCUCAGAGCGCUGCAACAGAUGCGAACCGAGUUGAACGAGGAGGACGAGGAGGAAGAGGAGUGAUGGCAACCGAACUCCAGCUUCCAAACGAGGCUGUAUACUCAUUAGACAGAAGAUUUUAAAGUUAGUUUAAUUGAAUGUUUAUUCUUAAUGGCCGAGCUUGAGCUCCGAUUUCCUACAUAUACAAAUGUGUGUGUCAGUGCCGCUAAAGUAUUUCCGCGUGAGUUGGUAAUGCAAUCCUCCUUGCUUAGCAAACAAAUGUCGCUCCAGAUUCGCUUUAGACCUUAAGACGUUUCAAGAAUAAAGAUUGUGAUUGCAACUCCA